UACUCGGAAAAGAAGAACGGAAAGAGUCUCGGUCAAUCACAGCACAGACACAAGAAGAAGAUAAUAAGCAACAAAGAGGGCUUGGACUCCAUUCAUAUACACGUCGUCGCCAAACCCAAGAGCAAAAAAGUCUGGGGUCCGAGAUUAGGGUUCUUGUGGAGGGGGAGAAGAGAAGAAGAGGAGAAAGAUGGGAUGCGUUUGCUCGAGAGACACGGGGGAGGAGAGACGGACUCUCUCCUUCUCCGAUCUACCGGCGGCGGAUCGGUUCGGCGGAAUUCGGAAGAGCGCUUGCGGGAGUUAUGAUUCCGGGGAGCUUCGGAUCAACCCGGCGAAGGCCGGAGCUGGAAAGGUUUCAGAAACAAGUUCAGUUUUGGGAAGGGCUGGCAUUGCUGGCCUAGAGAGGGCUGUGGAGGUCUUGGAUACCCUUGGGAGUAGCAUGUCAAACUUGAAUCCUAGCAGUGGAUUUCUCUCUGGAAUUGCAGCUCGAGGAAAUAAAGUUUCAAUAUUGGCAUUUGAAGUUGCAAAUACAAUUGCCAAAGGCGCUAAUUUGUGGAGAUCUCUUUCAGAUGAAAGCAUCAAAUUCUUAAAAGAAGAUAUUUUGCAGUCAGACGGAGUAAGAAAACUUAUUUCAGCGGAUAUCAAUGAGCUUCUAUGCAUUGUUGCUGCUGACAAAAGGGAAGAGCUUGAAGUUUUCUCCAGAGAAGUAAUUCGAUUUGGGGAUCUUUGUAAAAACCCUACGUGGCAUAAUUUGGGCCGCUAUUUUCAGAAAUUGAGUCCAGACCUUACACCCCAGGAACAAUUAAAAGCAGAGGUAGAAACAUCCAUGCAGCACUUGAUACACCUGGCUCAGAACACUUCUGAGCUCUAUCAUGAGUUACAUGCGCUGGACAGAUUUGAACAGGAUUAUCGAAGGAAGCUUCAGGAAGAAGAGUCAUUGCCUGCAGGUAGGCGAGAGAAUCUUAUGAUCUUACAAAGUGAACUAAAACGUCAAAGAAAGCUUGUGAGGAGUUUGAAAAAGAAAUCCCUGUGGUCUAGAAAUUUGGAGGAGGUAGUGGAGAAAUUUGUUGACAUUGUCGCUAUUUUGCAUAAAGAGAUUUUGGAGAGAUUUAGUAAUACUGCUACCAUCUUGGCGGACAAUGGUCCAGCUCAAAAUCAAAGAUUGGGUGUUUCUGGUCUUGCACUGCAUUAUGCUAACAUCAUCAAUCAAAUAGACAAUAUAGCAUCUAGGCCACUUGUCCUUCCAUCAAGUACAAGAGACUCUUUAUAUCAUGGAUUGCCAGCUGGAGUAAAGGCAGCAUUACGUUCCCGCUUGCAAGCAUUUGAUGCCAAAGAAGAGUUUACUGUUGCUCAAAUCAAAGCUGAGAUGCAGAAGACUCUCAAAUGGAUCUUUCCAUUAGCUGAAAAUACGAUAAGAGCACAUCAAGGUUUUGGAUGGGUCGGGGAGUGGGCAAAUAUUGGUACUGAGGUUAACAAGAACCCAGCACCGGAGCUAAACAUUACCCGCAUCCAGACACUUUAUCAUGCAGACAAGGAGAAGACUGACCAUUACGUUCUUGAACUAGUGGUAUGGCUUCACCAUCUAGUGAUCCAGGUGAAAAAUCGGGGGUAUGGGUUCAAACCGUUGCAACCAGUUAGAUGUCAGUCCCAGAAGGAAACAUCAUUACCACACGAGACUAAGCAAGAUUCAUCCCGGGCUUGCAAUACUAGAGCUUAUGAUAUCCUUCAAAUUUCUGAAGAGGAAAGAGUGUUGUUGGACUCUCUGAGAUCGAACAGAAUGAUGUUGGGGAGAAGCAAGAGCUUGGAACUUGUAACCAGGAAAGAUAAAAGAUGCCAAAGAAACAGGGGCUUGAGCAGGAGUUCUGGACAUUCUCCUGUCAAGGAAUUCAGUUUGGCGCUGGACUUGCAACUUGAGAGGACGAGAGUCUUGGAUGUAAUGGAUGGGAUAGGUACACUGGAUAUUGUCUGAGAGAUCAUGUGCAUGAAUUAAGAAAAGUAAACAGUGUUGUGCUCGAGGAAUAUUGGGUAGCUUUUCUUUGGAAAGAAAAGAAAUAUUGGGUGUCUUGAUUAGAGAGAUGAUUAUAAUCAUCAAUUAGGUCCAGGUGUAUCUUAAUCACAUAUUAUCAUGUACAGCUAUCUUAAUUAUAUAUUGCCAUGUACUUACUCAGAUUGGAAUUUGAGACCACUCAUUUUGA